UCGGGCCCCUGGGGCUGGGGUCCAGGGGAGCGAGGACUCUGGGCUGAGGACGAGAAGAGGCUCCCAGGGGGAGGGGCCGGGCGCGGGUUCUGUCUCCCUCCUUCCUCGCCCCGCCUCGAUCGCUCGAUCAGCGGCUGCAGCCCCCGCUGACUGGAAGUGGGGAGCGGAGCGCCGGCCGCCCUCCCCGCCCAGUGCCUGGAUCUUGGGGCGCCGCUGUAGGCUUGGGGCUCCUCUCCUCUUCUCCCCGUGGUGGGCUGUCCCCCGGUCCCUUCCAGUUCGGCCUCAGCCCCGGUGUCCCGGGUUCCCUUUGCAGCCUUUUGGACGGGACCCCCCGGAGCGUUCGCUCAUCCCUGCCCACCUGGCUGGGCAGCCGGCGCGCCCGCCCUGAGGAUGACUAAGGCACCAUGGGCCACACGCUGUGUGUCUGCUCCCGAGGGACCCUCACGAUCGACAACAAGAGAUACCUCUUCAUACAGAAGCUGGGGGAGGGCGGGUUCAGCUACGUGGACCUGGUGGAAGGACUGCAGGAUGGGCAGUUUUAUGCCCUGAAAAGAAUCCUGUGCCAUGAGCAGCAGGACCAGGAAGAGGCGCAGCGAGAGGCUGACAUGCACCGGCUCUUCCAGCACCCCAACAUCCUCCGCCUGGAAGCCUAUUGCUUGACAGACCGGGGCUCCAAGCAGGAGGCCUGGCUGCUGCUACCCUUCUUCAAGAGAGGUACACUAUGGAGUGAAGUGGAAGGCCUGAAAGACAAAGGCAGCUUCCUGUCUGAGGAGCAAAUCCUGCUGCUGCUGUUAGGCAUUUGCCGGGGCCUGGAGGCCAUUCAUUCCAAGGGUUAUGCCCACAGGGACCUGAAACCAACCAAUAUUUUGCUGGGAGAUGAUGGGCAGCCAGUGUUAAUGGACUUGGGUUCCAUGAACCAGGCACAAAUCCAAGUGGAAGGCUCCAGACAGGCACUAGCCCUGCAGGACUGGGCAGCCCAGCGCUGCACCAUCUCGUAUCGUGCCCCUGAACUCUUCUCUGUACAGAGUCACUGUGUCAUUGAUGAACGGACUGAUGUUUGGUCCCUAGGUUGUGUGCUGUAUGCUAUGAUGUUUGGGGAAGGCCCCUAUGACAUGGUGUUCCAGAAAGGGGACAGCGUGGCCUUGGCAGUACAGAACCAGCUCAGCAUUCCCCAGAGCCCGAGGCAUUCCCCAGAAUUACGGCAGCUCUUGGCCUCCAUGAUGACUGUGGACCCCCAGUGCCGGCCACAUACUUCUCUCCUCCUCAAUCAGUUGGAAAGUUUGCAGCCCACAGCUCCAGGCCAACAUACCACUCACAUCUGAGAGAGCAUGCAGUUUGAGAACAGAGAACUUUCUAUAAGAGGGAACUACUUUUCCUCAAAGGGACUUUCACAAUAGGUUUGCAUCCACAAUUUCAAGAAUAUCUAGGUGCUUCUGAGCUCCUACCCAUAAAGGACCAAGAGUGGGUCCUUGAGAAGGGUUCUGGCUGAUCUAGAAGUGAAGAAAUGGUCACAUACUGUACAAUCAGGCCCUUGAAUUGGACUGCUGUCUCACCUCAUGGUCUGUGGGGUGGGAAUAGCAUUUUCAGAAUAUGUAAAUACAGAAGUAAAGCUAAAACAUGUCCAUA